UACGUAAGUGUGAACUCAUUGUUUUGCGAUGUCGUUCUUCUUAAAACGCACCAUUGGUGCAAGUUACAACCUUGGACGCGUUGUUUUGCAUAACGUGAAGCCAGCAAGCAUUCAGUUGGUGGCGGCAAAAACAGAUCAGGCUGCAACCCCUGAAAUAGAGACUCGGCCCACCGUCGCCAAACUAGAUCCUCUGCAAAAAUCUCAGCUGGUCGAUUUCGGCAGAUAUAUUGCGGAAUGUUUACCCAGAUACGUUCAAAAAGUGCAACUCACAGCGGGUAAUGAAUUGGAGGUGCUCAUUCCUCCAGAGGGUGUCAUUCCCGUACUAUCAUUUUUGAAAGACCACCACGCGGCUCAAUUUACGAAUCUAGUGGACAUCGCAGGGAUGGACGUACCCACGCGUCCCUACAGGUUCGAGAUUAUAUACAAUUUGCUAUCUCUUAGGUACAAUUCUAGGAUUAGAGUGAAAACGUACACUGAUGAGUUGACUCCCGUUGAAUCAGCGUGUGAAGUCUUCAAAGCAGCUAACUGGUACGAAAGAGAGAUCUGGGAUAUGUAUGGAGUGUUCUUUGCGAACCACCCAGACUUGAGGAGGAUUCUGACUGAUUAUGGUUUCGAAGGACACCCAUUCAGAAAGGACUUUCCACUGAGUGGCUAUGUAGAGGUGCGCUAUGAUGAUGAGCAGAAACGUGUGGUUGUGGAACCACUGGAAUUGGCACAAGAGUUCAGGCGCUUUGAACUCAGUGCACCUUGGGAACAGUUCCCCAACUUCCACUCACACCCCGCCACUGAAGAAGUCACCCAUCUACCGGAGGACCCUAAACAGCCUACCCAAAAAAAGCAGUAGUCUGUAUAACUUGUAGUUUACUUAUAUUGUGAAUUAAAGUUUUAUUUCAUAGUUGCCUUGUUUAGUAGUUUACAGUUUGUGGUCCAAACCACAGCAAUUUAAAAAUAUUAAACAAAAAUCUGAAUUUAUUCAUCAUUUAUUUAUUCCACAAUAAUACAUGACUCAACUAUUGAUAAUAAUGCCUAAAAAGGAUAUCCCCUGCACACAAUUGAAAAUGAAAUGUACACGUGUACAGUACUUUCUUAACAUCACUCGGCCAUCUUUGGAUUUCCAAAUGCACCCAAAUACAAAUUUUCAAUUAAAGUAAAUUAAUACAUUUAUCAUCUAUAACAACUUGAAUUCAAAACUACACAUUUUAUUGUUAUUUUGUUUAGAUUUCCAAAUGAACUAUAUAGAGAUGAAAAAAAAUUUUCCUUUUUAUAAUAACAUUUACUCCAUACAAUAUUGAAAUUGUGUUAUUUUAUGUAAUUAAAAGUUAUUAACUAAUCGUAUCAAUUCAGUCAGAAUUGGAAGCUAUUUU